CACACUACUGGUCUGACUUAUCUGACAGGCAUGAAUUUGGUGUCUUUCCUGUUAUGAGCUGGUGCGUAUAAUGUCAGUUACAAGGACUUCGUCUUUACGGAAUCAUCAAAAAGCCGACUCCUUGUUGAUAUUCAGCCGAGCAGCAGAAACUCCACUUUUCAGCGAUGAUUGGUCGAUCGACUAAACUUUAUUCAUUGGUGCUCUUGAUAUCCAUCACCAUCAUCUUUUUUUUUCUGUUCCUGGAAAAUUCAGCAGAGAAAAAACAUUUCAAUUAUAGAUGGAUGACCAUCUCAGAAACAAACAGAGCCAAGAAAAUAUACAAGAUUUUGAAAAUUGAUAAAUUAUGGCAAACGAAUGGAAAUUUGACUUCGACAACAGCAACGAAUCUGACAACUGGCCAAGCGACAACCAUUGCUCCUGAAAAGCCGAUUCCCGUGAUUAUGAAAAAAUAUUUCAAGAAGCUUCCUGAUUGGAGCUUCGAGGAUAUUUAUAACUUGGAUGCUCCACCUAGACCAAUGACAUGUCCGCAGUCUCUGCGUAAUUCCAAGGACGAGGACUUCCAGAAAGCUUUCCUUCCCAACAUACGCAUGUUUCUGCACAAGGACAACUUCAACAUCAGAGAGUGGAACCGGCUUUCACAUUUUAACAAUCCUUUUGGUUUUAUGGAUAUGAAAUAUGAUGAUGUAAUGCCUGUAGUGAAGCUGAUCUCAAAGCCAAAAGAACCGCUGCUCCUUCCAAAACCAGGAGGGGAUGGCUGUGUGCACUGUGCCGUGGUGGGGACAGCAGGCAUCAUGAACGGCUCAAAAAUGGGCGCUGAGAUUGAUGCUCAUGACUACGUGAUACGGAUGAAUGCUGCUGUAGUCAACGGUUUCGAGGAAGAUGUCGGGAGGAGAACAUCAGUUUAUGUUCACACGGCUCAUUCCAUCACAUCAGCCCCUAUUUUUUACAACAAGUUUGGAUACAAAGCUGCCCCACAUGAUGAGGGUAUAAAGUACGUCAUGAUUCCUGAGGGCUUGAGGGACUUCCAAUGGCUCAACGCUGUUAUCAAGGGAGAAAGAGUCUCUGAAGGGCAAUAUCGCAAUUGGAACGCCAGACCCUACUAUUCGGGACAGUACAAUGAGACCCGCUUCUAUGUCCUGCACCAGGACUUUCUGCGAUACAUACGAAACAGGUUUCUAAAAUCAAACAAUCUUAAUCGAGGGUUCUGGGCCAUUGUCCGUCCAACCAAUGGGGCGUUCGCUCUCUUUACGGCUCUGCACAUCUGUGACACUGUGAGUGCAUAUGGAUUCAUGACAGAAGACUACAGAAAAUACUCCAACUACUAUUUUCAAAAGUACUUGAAGACCAAUGUGGUUUUCUACGCCAACCACGACUACAUUAUGGAGAAGAAUUUGUGGAAGAGCCUCCACGACAAAAAAAUAAUGAAGCUGUUUCAAAGAACUGUAUCAGAGGAAAAGCCGGAAAAUACAUAACGCACCAAGAAUGAGUCAAAGGCAAACUGUUUACCAUCCUGAUCAGGAAUAUUAAAAACAGAAUAACUUUGCUGCAUAACGAGCACUUUAAGAACAUUUUGGUUACUUGUACAGCAUAUUUAGAGGACUGUCCUUGAAAGGUCAUAUUUUCAUGUAAAAAAUAAAUAAAUCUGAAGACCGAGAA